UGCACACAUGAACCACCGUGACUCGUUUUAGCUACUAGCUUCUGGCCAAGGUAUCAAGGCCCACACACCCCAUCUUCUCGCUCCCUGUCAACUCGCCGUACCGCGAUCUUCUCGUUCGCCUAGAUCGAUCGACACCAGGGUCCAGAACUCACUUGCACCUGACGCAGCAAUCCCGCAGCGCCUAGUUUGCUUGAAACAAAGUCUGCCCUCUAUGGUCCCGCCAGCUCAAAGCGGCACCACUUGUCUCCUCGGAUUGAUCCUGUUGACCACUGUCUCUGCGCAUGAAGCACACCGAGGUCUCGUCGCCACCUCCCGGUUGAUACCUAAACGAGGGAGGUCAUCAUCUCUGAUCAAACGAACCGACCAUGAACCUGCCAAACCGAUGUUCAGGCUGGGUCUAGCUGAAGGGAAAGAGGUCGAGCUGUUCCAUCGGAGCAAGCUGUCAGAGAGAAGUGCUGGUCACGACAAGCGGGCUGAAGGAGACGAGGUAGUCGGGGCCAUUGAAGAUUUGGAUAGUCGAUCAGGGAUAUAUAUCAUGCCCUUGACCAUCGGGAAUCCACCCAAGAGCUACCCACUUCAAGUCGAUAUCGCCUCAUCUGAUAUCUUCCUCUCAUCAAAGGGAUGUAGCUCUUCGUCCUGUCCGCAGGUCGACAAGCCUUACAUCUCGGAUAACUUUUACGACGAGUCGAUCUCCCGAUCGUUCACACCAAUCGCCGACAACUCGAGCGCAUUCAACUUGACGUUCUCGGACGGAUCGUUCCUCUCGGGUUAUAUGGCGAGAGAAAGAAUGAGCCUGGAUGUCUCGUCUACGGGCAGGAUGGACGAGAUCGUGUUGCCCGAUCAGGUGUUUGGCGUCGUAAACGGGACGAACAUCGAUAUGGAUGCCGAGGGGAUCGUAGGUAUUAUGGGACUAGGAUUCCCAAGGUUGUCGCAGUUGGCGAGGAUCGGCUUGGGGGCAGGUCAGGUGGUGCAGCCGAUCAUCUCGUCGUCAACUUCGACUUCUGCUACGACCAGCCCAAGCUCCCAGUCGUCAGCGGCAUCAGCGACUACAUCGACUACGAGUGGCACAACCGCGACAACGACCUCGAGCACAGAGGCGACAUCGUCUGGUGCAAAUAUAUUCUUUUCCAUCUUACCUAUCGGUACCAUCUCCUCCGCACCGUCUACGCAGACAGGAUCGUUGAGCAAACGGGCAGAAUCAGUGCCGGAAUACUACCCGCCCUUCUUGGAGAGCCUGUUCAAUCUGGACAGCAACAACCGAUCGAAUGGGACAGAGCUCCCCUCGUAUCCCGUAUUCGGACUGGCCUUGUCGAAUUCGUCUCAGCCGUAUUCAGAGAAGACGUCCGGGUCAUCCAUCACUUUUGGGGGCGUUUCUGGCGAAUACGUCCUGCCGACCAACGCGACAACGGCGGGAAGCGGUAGGACGGUCGAUGAUAUCGAAUGGCACGACGUCGUGCCUUAUGGUCAGGUCAACGGACUGAACACGUCGAGGGCAGGGGAUGGUUUCUCGCGGGUGGAUCUGGAAUUAGAGCAAUACCUAUACUGGACGCUCGAGUUGGGUCAAGUCACCAUGAAUGGGACGCAGGUCGCCCUCGCCCCGACGUACAAUUCGAGCCUGACCGGAUUAUCGGGGUCGACCGCCUUGCUCGAUGUGGGGACCAACGGCAUCUUUGCGCCUCAACAGGACGUCGACGAGCUGUUCUCGCACGUUCAUGAUUCGCGACAAGUUGCGGAUGGGCGCUGGGCAGUUCCAUGCGAUACGAGGCAGACAAUGACGUUCGCUUUUGGCGCGAAUGGUGGCAGGGUGAUCGAGUUGCAACCGAGCGAAUGGAUGUACGCUCGUGUAUCGGGCAGCUCGAUGUGUUUGGCUUGGCCUGUUGUCUCCCCUCCGAACUCGGACGCCGAUUGGCAGCUCGGAACGCCGUUCUUGCGAAAGGUCUAUACCGUCUUUGGAUAUGGAAUCAGCGGUGUUCAGAGUCCUGUUGUUGGGUUCUUGCCAUUGCCGAAUGGGGAACGGCUCGGUUCCGCCGCGCGAAAUUCUACCAAUGGGACUGUCACGACUUCGGCUGUCACCAAGGCUCCUACGGAUCCGACACCGACGACGGUACAGACCCUCUCCGAAGUGGAGUCUCUCUUGACAGCUGUCAUCCCAACCGUUUUACCCAACGUGCUCCUGCCAAACCCAUCGUACACUACGGCAGGAUACAAUUUCAACGCCUCUGCAGGCAUUCCCGCUGUGGGAGCACUACAGACCGUGGGAUUGGCCAAUGCCUCUCACUACAGCGUCGGUCAGGUACCGAUCGUGUCCAGCGUCAUGCCGACAGGUUCGAGGACGGUCUCCUCGACGCCUGCACAGCAGACUCAAGACGAUGGCGCGAGGAACUCCGGUCAGAGCGCGAUACCAUACAACAAUGUUUGCCUGAUCCUGGCGCUCCUCUCGUCGAUCAUCCCUCUCUUAACGAGCCAUUUGUAGCCAUAGUCGCCAUGCACAAGUCUGUCAAUAUAAUUUUCCUGGUCUGAUCCUUGGCGGGAGUGAGGCGACAAAGAGGAUGACACAGCGCGUUUUUCAGAUUGGACAACGGUGGGUUACCAGACUGGCGCACCGCACUUUUGGGAAAGGCGAUCAGAUCACGGUAAGCCAGCCAGCCAGCCAGCCAGCC